CAAGCCACCACAAUAUAAACCCGUACCAAGAUCAUCCAUGACGUCCGUUUCAACUUCUUGGACGUCAAUAUUCUGUCCGUCGCACUCCGCCUCCACCGCCGCAAACGUCGCUCUCCAUCUCCGGUCCGUCACACUCCAGCUCCCUUCCGUCUCAAUCCAUUGAAAAGAUGAAGAGUGUAUAAGGUGAUGGUGUCCAAGCUUUGUAGCGUGCAAGAAAGGAAGCCCAGAAAGAAAAAAGUGAGCGGGAAGCAAGUAGAGAAGGUGCGCAGAUUCAACUGGAAAAUUGGAGGCAAAAGGUCACCAGUCCAAGUCUCCGGUUUACUCAAUUGAACCCUAGCUCCUUCUUCUCCAUUCGGAUCAUUCACUGGACUCGCUAUUCUGGGUUAAAUGUGAAGUCACAUCAAGCUAAUGGCUGCCUCUCGUGUCUUGAAAGCAGCCUUAAAGUACUCAUCUCCUGUCAUCUCCUGGAAAUCUGUACCUUCUCUCCUUCUAACCCAUAUGCAGCUCAUUCUACUUUUUAUUGACCGGUUUGCUUCAGCAAACCAUAUCAACUUGUAUUGAACGAACCGGACUGGGGCUCCACUCCGGCAAGGAAUCAAGGGUGAGAAUAUGUCCGGAGCUUGCAGGUGAAGGCAGGUACUUUGCGAUCGGGUCUAAUCGUAUCGAUGCAUCUAUUAAUUUUUCCAAGGAGUCGCCCCUGUGUACUACACUGUGUAAAGAUGGGUACAGCGUGAGAACAAUUGAGCACCUGCUUUCUGCUCUAGAGGCAUGUGGAGUAGACAAUUGUCGAAUUGAAGUGGAAAACUCAGCCUCUAAUGAUCGAUCUGUUGAGGCAGGUUCCUAUAUUUGAUGGGUCUGCAAGGGAAUGGGUGAAAGCUAUAGAUGAAGUUGGUUUGGAGGUAGCUUCUUAUUACGGGGGCCAAACGUGUGAGAAGUUGGCACCAUAUGUUAAUGAACCUGUUCAUGUAUGGAAAAAUGAUGCGUUUAUUGCUGCAUUCCCUUGCUCAAACAUCAAGAUAAGCUAUGGAAUUAACUUUCCACAGGCACCUGCAAUUGGCUGUCAGUGGUUUUCUUGUUCAUUUUCUUCAGAUAAUUUUGUCUAUGUGGAGCAAAUAGCUUCUUCAAGAACAUUUUGUAUUUAUGAGCAGGUAGAACAGAUGUUGCAAUCAGGACUUAUCCAGGGCGGCUCUCUAGAAAGUGCAAUUGUUUGUAGUGAGAGUAGGGGCUGGUUGAAUCCACCCCUCCAUUACCCUGAUGAGCCAUGCAGGCACAAGGUUUUGGAUCUUAUUGGGGAUCUUUCCCUUUUUGCUAGAGCUGGCAGUCAGGGGUUUCCGGUAGCUCACAUAGUUGUCUACAAGGGAGGACAUGCACUGCACACUGAUUUCGUUCGCUACUUAUCCAGAAUGGACUGAAGAACAAAGGAAAGCUUCACUUAUCAGGGUCAUGGAGCGGAGCAUAUGAAUGACGAGGCUCUCUAGUACUGUGUUAAUGGAUAGGCGUAAGUGCAAAAUAGAUCAAAUCUGGAUGUUUGAUUGUUUCUAUUAUUUUCAGAAGAUACAAUCCAAAAGCUUUUAUCAGCUCAGUAGCAAAUAGUUUUGGGUAUUAGGAAUGGUAAUAUUUCGGACUGAGAGUUUUGAAAUACAUUUUACUUGAUGGGGAAUCACAUUGUUUGCUUCCAAGUUCCAAUUCGUCUCAACUCUGAAGUCUGAACCAUAUCAGGCAAUACAAUAAUAAUUUUAUAAUUUUGUUGGGCUCAUAA